AUGGAUCAGAAAAACACCCUUGUUCUAGUUCUAAUCACCGUCAUUGUUGCCGCCGUGGGAGGUCAAGCUCCGGUCAAACCCCCAUUUCUGAAUGCCACAACUCCUCCUGUUGCUUCACCUGUGAAUACUACCACAGCUCCAACCAUGGCUCCGGCUGCCCUUUCUCCGUCUAAAACUCCGGUGGUUUCUCCUGUUGCGGAGCCGGUCGGUUCUCCGCCGGCUCCAGCGCCUAGCAAGAAAGUUGGACGAAAGAAGCACAUUGCACCGGCACCUGCUCCUGUGGUCACGGUGGGAUCGACUGCACCUAGCGCAGCUCCGGGAGCGAUCACCGAUGCUCCCUCUCCUGGUCCAUCAGAAGAUGAUGAUGCAACUGCGGACCGGGCUUACAAGAUUGGAGUUAAGUACAUGAAGAGUUGGGAGUUAAGUUGUCACACCCCAACCGAUGGCGGAAACAUCGGGGAGCGGCACUGA